AUGCAACUUCGACAUGAAUUGAAGUUUGCCGGAUACGGCGCGGACAAAUCUACUGUUUUGUUAGGCGAUAAUACAAGUGUUACCCACUGCCUGCAGCCAAUAUGGAAGGGCGAGAAGGUUAAGAUAUGUGUUGAUGGUGUAAACGGCAACGAUGGUAGCAGUGCGGAGAGUGAUUUUGUGGAAUCUGAGUGCAGUGAAAGUUAUGUGAGCAGCGCCAGCUCCUGUAGCUACCGUGGCGGAAGUCCUUACGAAAGUAAUUUCAGCGGCUGCACGUCUUCUCCACGUAUUGGCCGAAGCAACUUGCAAGGGUGCCGGGAAGAUGAUGCGGUGGCGGGCGUCGGUACGCACGACGGCCAAGACAUGACGUCUGUCUCCUUUCCUGUUCACGGUACUUUGCUUUCAAUACGAGAUCCGGCGCUCACUGGUGGGCUCCUCUUUCAACUUCAUUUAGCGGAUAAGGAACAUACCCCCUACGCUGAGGCUUGCCGCACUGCUGUGGUACUUGGUUACAGCGAACAGGGUGAGGUUUUCCUCCUUCCUGUUCCGAGCCCGUGUAUGACAAAAAAACCUUCUUACUACCAAAGUACGCCGCUUCUGCAACUCUCGCUUUCUGAACUCAGAGAGUACUAUUCGUGGGGAGACAAUCAACUAUUGGAACCUACUUGUGAUGAUGUGCAGUCUUGGGAGUUACCGCACCUCGGCGGAUUUAUGGUGCGACCAGCGUUCGAGCACAUGUGGCUUGCCACCGUGUUUGCCGUGGCAUCUGAUCGGUUAUAUUAUUUGUCUGCGUGGUCUGCUUUUGUCCAAUUCGUGGGCGUAGCGUGGGGGCUACCGUGGGUAAGAAAGUUUCCCGUUAAUAUUCCCGAGGGUGACCCAAUCGUCAGCUUCGUAGCACCGCUUGUCGGCUGUAAUUGCGGGCGAUCACUUCGUGAAGUAUAUGGACUGCGGGAGUUGAGGCGGCGAGAGCAACAAGGCUCAACAGACGUGGGAACGGUGCCGGUUCCACCAGGGCCCGUCGCAAAUGCGGAUAGUAGUGGCUGGAGGGAGUUCUUACGGGAACUUCAGGAAGUGGUGGGCGAUGCGGUCGCUGAUUGGUCGCAACUUCCGGCAGCAGCAGAACACUGCGACUCGAAGGAGACGACCCCACCGACUUCAGCCGCCGUGACGGCUGCUGAGCGACUGCGGGAAGACGAUGGUCAAUUGACGAGCUCUUAUGUUGUGGGAAAGAGGUCUGGUGAUGGGGGGUUGCUGAGUGAAGCCUCAGUGGGAGUUGUACCAGCUGUGGAAAGUAUGCUGAGGAGCUUUGGCACGGAAGUACAGCAGGAUAUCGGCAGAAACAUUUCUAAAGAUACGGGCCUUCCCUCCCCGUUUCUUUUCACUUUGUUUUUGAAGGCUGUGGCGUACUGGAAGUCGAAUUUACUAACGGAGGAGCAACAGAGCAGUCAGCCGCUUGCUUUCAUCGAUUAUUACGGCACAAACCCCCAUGAGCGGUUCGUUGAAGCAAUUGACUUGCUGCGGGUUCAUCAAAGUAAGUUUCUUUCGGAGACACGACCGAACGCGCGCUCUUCUGGAAAUUACUGUGACCAGUGUGUAGGACCGUGGACUGUGCAACGGAUUGUUCGGAUGCUUGCUGAGCCUGCAGUGACUAACUGA